UAAUAACUGAAAAUUUUAUCAUAAUUCUGUAAUUAGUUAUUUCAGAAGGCAAUUAGACACCUUGAAUGAUGGUACAUUGCCAAUUUGUGUUUGGGACAAGUUGAAUAUUCCUACGCAAAUAGAAAAUGGAUUAUCAAAAUAGAUCACCUCAUAUGAGGCAAAAAGCUUCAUCUUCAAAUGAUCGACCUCUUUCUCUGUCACCAAAAGUUAGGAGCAGCGAUGUUAUUAAAGAAGCAAAACAAUGGACUGCACUAGCUAGUGUUAAAACAAGGCGGCCUAGCACUCCCAAGGAUUACACUCGAAAGUUAUUUGAAAUCGGUAGAGAGUCUGGGUCGAGGCCACCUUCUGCUAUCAGUAUAAGCUCUCAUCAUUUUGAUCCUAGUGACCCAGGAUCUAGGCCAGCUUCUGCAGCAUCUGUGAAGUUGGCACCACUAACAAAAGCCCCGACUGUUCCAGCCAAUGCAGAGCCUGUGAUUUCUAAAGUUCAUAUUCCUAUGCCACCCAGAAGUGUUCAUAGACAAGAUUGGUCAGUGAGAAGUCAAUCACGAAAUUUAUUUCCAAGCCCAAAACAGCAAUCUGUUGGAAAUUUGCCAAUGAAAGCUUUUCAUCCUGAUCAAAAAGACAUUGGAAAUAGUGGUGCAAUGGGUUCACCAACAACCGCAGUCAGAAAUGUACAUAGUGCUGGUGAAGGUACAAUUAAUUUAGCGGAACCGAUUGUCCAAUCAAAACCAUCACCACCAACAUACAAAGGAAAAUCAAGAGUCAAACCACAUAGUGCAUCAGCUAUCAAUAUAAACCUGAGUGAAUUAUAUCGAAAUGUAGAUAAUCCUGUUGUUAGUCAUCCCAGAAAUUCAGCAAGCUCUUCAUCUUCUGCUGGAUCAGUGGAGCAGCAAAAUAUUCCACGAAAAAAACGAUCAGGAGGUGGUUCAGGAACCAAUACUGGAGAAGAAACUCCUGAUCAAGCAAAGUACUGGAAUCAAAAUGUAUUACCUCUUUUAGAAGCUCUCGAGGACCCAAGUUUAUCAAAGGAAGCCGCCUAUGAAGUAUGUGUCAAACUACACUGUGCUUUGAACAAAGGAAAUUGCUUGAACAGUAUUUUAGGACGACGAAGAACAUCACUGCUAUCUACACUUUUCAAACAAUUAAACAGUGUUAGCACCCCUGUCCACUUGGCAUGUGCAAGAAUAAUAUUGGAUCUACAGGUUCGGAGACAAAAUCUUAACAGUGUAUGCAAAAUGCUUUUUAAAAUCAGUAGAGAGAAAAGGUUUGAUGAUGCUUUCAUAGAGAAUAACCUUCCAGAUGGCAUGCUCAAACUGAUUGUAAAUUUUGUGGAUCCACUCGACAAUUAUGAAACUUUGGUAUAUCUUACUGGAGCCAUCAAAUUUCUUUCUGAUAACAAGGCAGUGGCAAUAGAACUUGCAAAUAAGGAUUGUAUAACUUCGUUUAUAUCUUUACUCAGCAAUACAAUGUUAUCUCUGCAUGAGCGUAAUAAUCAGAAGAAGGAAAAACUCCGAGCCACUGAUAUCUUAAUUCAAGCUACAGCUGUUUUAAGAAGCAUGGCCGAUGUUGAAAAGCAUGCUUUCUCAAAUAGUGGAUUGUUUACUCAUCUGUUUGCCGCAUUGAAAGUUUUAGGAUCAGAUGAAACACUGACUCUCAACAUUUCUCGAUUAUUGAGCAAACUCACAAUGUACAGUGAAUUGCAUGGAGAAGUUUUCAGCAGCCCAGAUUGGGCUACUUCCAUUUUACAUGCGUUGGAAAUGCAUGAAAAAUGUUCCAAUAUUGUAGUACGACUGUGCUUUGCCCUUGGAAAUAUAACAGCUAAAGAAGACCAUGCAAGAAUGCUGAUUUUUGCCACUGGAUUGAACAAAGAAACUACAAGCCAAAGUGGUUUCAAAUAUUUGUCUGUUUUAAAUUCAGUUCUCCUUCAUUUCUUGUCAUCAUUUUUAACAAGCAAGGAUGAUAACAGUGACUCUAAUGAUAAAGAAGUUGGUGAUAAAUGCUUGGAUACUGUCAAUAAGAUUGUGAGAGUAAUUGCCAACUUAUCAAUCAGUGAAGAAAUUGGUCAAAAUAUAGCUUUCGACGCCCAAUCUGUUGAAGUAAUUUUGUCUAUUUUACAACAAGUCCAAAUUGAUGAUUCAGAAGAGUUAAUCAUAAACACACUGACUACUUUAAACAAUUUGUCGUUUUACAGUUAUGAUGACAAUGCUGUGUUUGAAAGCAGAUUUUUAAUUGUAAAUAUAUUGACGAACAUUUUACUCUCUGAUAACAUGGCAUGUGUGAUGGAAGCAACAAGAGUAUUUGGAAAUGUGAGUCAGCAUGCUGAUGUCAGACAACUUCUCCAUAAUCGACAAGUAGAUUUAAUGAUGGUGGCAUUUUUGGACUCCAGCACUUGGCAAAUGGUCUACUCUGCUUGUGGUGUUUUGAUAAAUAUGACAGCCAAUAAAGCAUACAGAGCAUGUGUUAUUGAGGAAGGUGUAAUUUCAAAACUGUGUGACGUCCUAAAAGAUUUUGCUCCUAUGGAAUGGCGAGUCGGUGGAGUUGCUUGUCAAUUACUCUGGAAUCUUUGUGAAUCUAUCCAAUCUUCAACUACAUCAGUUUUAUCAUCUAAAGAUGCGGAUUCUCUUAUGGAAAUUCUUCAUGCCUAUCUUCAAGAGAAUGCUCCAUUUACACUACUCGAUUCUACUGGCUGGGAAGAAGAUAUAAAGCAAUAUGUUUUGAACAAUUGGAAAACUGAUUUCUGUCCUGUUGCAAUUCGACUUUAUAAAAAAAUAUCUUCUCAUUUCUCUCAACUGGUCCCAUUAGCACAAGAAGACUCUUCGCAGUAAGAUGUCAAAGUUCAGCUGUGCGAUAUUCAACAUUGACUGACGCCUUCAUAUAUCUACCUAUUAUAUUUUAUAGGUAUUGCUACUGUGAUUUAAUUAGCUAUUGCUAUUUGCUACAUUGUUAAUGUUCCAUUUUUUUUUAUAAAAAUUAGCAUUUUAUUCUGAGAUGAGUAUUCGCAUCGAAUGCCAGAAGCGUUUUCCAUUAAAAAUCAAGUAACACGGAUGAUUUUUAAGAAAAUUCUGAAAUCCCAAAUGCUUUUAAUAAAGAGAAAAACAUUGUUAGGCCAUGUCAAACUUGAUGAUUUUCGCUUCCGCUAAAAAUAUUGUAUGGUUUCAUAGCUUGAUAUCUUCCCAAUUUUAUGUUUACUGCUCACACUCACUUUUGCACAACUCCACAUUCACUUCAGCACUUGCACUGAUUAUUUAUAUUUUAUCAAUUUGGAAAUAUUGAGGUAUAUUUUGAAUUUAGCUUUUAUUUAUAAUUCAUUUUGAUAUAGAAUGACUUAUGUCAAGUUAUAUUUUAUAAAUUCCGAAAGAGCAAAAACAGCCAAAAUUGAAUAUUAUGUCAUCAUAUUUGUUUUGAUAUCCCAGUGAUAAACGGCAUUCACGACAUAAUUUUACCAUACUUCAAUCAUUAGUUUAUUCAUGAAAAUCAAGCCAAUUCUGCUGGUAUGAUUAUGAUGAGCAAAUUGAGCUCAGUAAGUGAAGUUGAAAGCUUUUUUGCCAACUCUAUCAAUCCAAAACAUUUUGAUUGGAGUGGGUUAAGAGUGGGACUAAUUCCAAUCCUAGGAUUAUUCAAAGCUUUCAGUUUGUGAGAUACAGUCACCUCUUUUUUGUUGAGUUUCAAAUCUGCAGACUCCUAAUUUAAGUUCUCAUUUGGUGACGCAAAUGGUAAUUUAUAAAAUUUGCAAAUAUAUGAUUCCAAUCCAAAUUAACAUCUACACUAUGACUAUUUGCACACAAUUCUGUAUAACAUUCAAAAUCAAAGUAAUGUAUUUUUAGAAGUUUGGGGUAUUGUACUCUUCAGAUAUCCGUAACCGUCUCAUUAAAAAUUAAUAAUUGGAAUUUGCUUGCAAACCGUAUUCAUGGGCAUACAUAAUUCAAUGUGACUACAACAGCUGUGUCUUAUUGUAUAUUAAUAAUACGUAAUUAACAGAAAAUUGUGUUUUUUAUUGCCUAUUAAUUGUAUUUCAAUUAUAAGAAGUUGUUGAAAUAAUGUGGUAUUUUAACCAUAAUUUUGUAGCAAGUCAUCACCUGGUGCCAUAAUGUACUGUGCUUCAUAAUUUAUUUAUUUUUUUUGUACUUGAUACCUGUUAUUUUUUUGUCGUCAUGUAUCUUGGUGCCAACAAAUGUAGCUGCAGCAACACUUUUACAUUGGCCAGUGUUCAGGAGGUAUCAUUUUGUGAUGAAUUUAAGUGACUUAACAGUAUUUUUCUUUGUAACGUUUAGAAGAUUCACAGUCAGUUCUUUAGUUAGAUUCUGUUGACAAGGAAAUUUUUCCCCAAGAAAGCAAAAUUAUUCAAUCGAAUUUUCUGUAUAUUUUGAAUACUAUAUGCUAGAUCAAUCUACCAUUUUCGACCUCAAUUAAUCUAAAAAAACACUGUUCCUAUUUUAUAUAAUUUAAUUUUUGAAAUUAAAAAAUUAAUCAACUGUUCCUUAAAAUAAACAUCAUUUUUAGGAUCCUUUCUAUUGUAUUGACCACUCACUUUUUAUUUGAUUUUAUCGCUUUUUGUAUUCAAAGUAGUUUAUUUUUGUUAAAUUAUUUAUUUAUUGCACUUCAGAGCUUUCCCAUUUCUUUUAUAUGAUGUGUACUGUGUGUGUCCAGUUUGGUCGAAAUUUUUGGUAUAGACGAUGUCAUCAAUUUAUGUUAAUAAUGCCAUUAAUAAGUGACUGCAGAACAUUGUAACAUCUAAAAAUAUGUUGUUAGAA